UCGCGCCAUGGGCUGCGGUGCAACACGCGUUGCGCCCGAUGCUUCACCGGGGGCCUGGCCAAGGGGUGCCAAAGGUGCCAAGGGCCAGAUCUCGCUUGGGGUGGUUCCUUGCCAUAGAGCAUGGCCCACUUGCCAUGCAGGGCCACCCGCUUGGCCUCGGACUGCCAGAAGUGCCUGCAACUUCACUUCCUUGGACUGCCCAAAUCCAGAGGCCACGCGUAGCUCGUCUGUUCGCUCGAAUCAACUCCAGAUCUCCCGCUCCUCUCAGCGCGCGCUCUCCCAAACUUCGUCAUCUGAGAGGCAGCGUAAAAAAGAUCGUCUUUCUCAAGCCGACCCAAGGAGAUCUUUGUCGGCCCGAUUUUCAUCCAUAUCCAACCAACCUGCCGAAGCGAACCGAAGGAUCCCUUUGGUGGUGGACGGCAGCGACCUAGUCGACCCGGAUGCGCAAGAUCUCUUAGACCCGCUCAGUUCCUGGGAAGGCAAGAAACCCUACGUGCCACCUGGCAUGAUGGUGCCGUGUCCGCCGGACCGGUGGAAGCAUGAGGAACAUCUUGACAAGCUGAAUGGCUACCGUGAGGAGGUCACCAACCGGCCGCAGAGGAUGGCAGAGGAUGUAGACCUGAAGCGCUGGGACCAUGAGCGACUACUCGACAAUUUCUAUCUGACCGAGGGCUAACUUCAGCCAAUUGGAUGCCAGAAAAAGUAGUUUAAAGCCUGUGGGUUCUCUACCCGUCUCCAGAGACCUGGUGAAGGGGACACUGAUGUCCAAAGAUUCGGGGCAGGCUGGUUUCCAGCACGGAAAAGAU